GGAGAAAAAAAAUGGAAGUGUUCAUCUUUUGGCCCCUUCAGUUGUUCAACAUUGUGCUCCUGAAGGACUUUCAUAUCUGCAGCACCAAUCUGAAUCUCCUCUAUCUAUUAAUUCUGAGGAUACAGUGCAAUCUUGUUCCCGGAUGAUAAAGUCUCAACAUAACCAAAAACGACCCCUUUGUCCAUAUUUGCAGCCACAGGUUCCUCCAGAACAGUCACAUGGUGCUCAAGAGUACGCUUCAGAUGGACCCAGUUCAGGAAAUAUUGAAGAUAUUCCGCCUUCGUCAAAAAGGUUGAAGAUGGAGAAUAAAAAUAAGAGUUCUCAUCUUUUGGCUUCUUCAGUUGUUCAACAUUGUGCUUAUGAAGGACUUCCAUAUCUGCAGCACCAAUCUGAAUCUCCUCUAUCUAUUAAUUCUGAGGAUAUAGUGCAAUCUUGUUCCCAGAUGAUAAAGUCUCAACAUAACCAAAAACGACCCCUUCAUCCAUAUUUGCAGCCUCAGGUUCCUCCAGGACAGUCAAAUGGUGCUCAAGAGUAUGCUUCAGAUGAACCCAGUUCAGGAAAUAUUGAAGAUAUGUCACCUUCGUCAAAAAGGUUGAAGAUGGAGAAUAAAAAUGAGAAUUCUCAUCUAUUGGCUCCUUCAGUUGUCCAGCCUUGUGCUCCUAAAGGACUUUCAUAUCUGCAGCAACAGUCAAAAUCUCCUGUAUCUAUUAAUUCGGAAGUAACGCAUGUGGAAAUAGAACCAGCUAAAAAUUCUAUACAAGAUUCCACGGGGAUCAGUGAUGUUAGAAAAUGUGAUUCUGAUAAUAUCAAUAAACUGGAUUCCGAAAGUGUGCCUCUUCCUUCUGUAGGAGUAUUUAUUUGUCAUCAGAUGCAGCAAUUAGACCCUACUAGCACUAGUGAAAUUAUAGACAAUGUGAAAAAAGUUCCUGGAGGAAUGGGGUUCAAGAGUUUAUCUUUGCUCUCAGAAGAGCUUAGUGUUGAAUUUAAAGAGGGGGAAGAAAGGACUGAGUUCAACCAAACGGAGCCAAUACCAGACUCUGAUCUUAAGGAAGUGAUAAAGCCACAGAAUCCAGAGACAAAGGGUGCCCUUUUAACUGAAAUUUUCACAGAAGAGCAAAUCAAGGAACAUUUAUCAAGUCUUGGGCAGAGCAUUGAUCAGAGUAUCGUGACGGAAGAAAGAGAAAACAGUGAGAAAGUGUGUCAGUUGUGUGUGUCGGGUAAGCUUUUUUUUGCCCCCACACCAAUCUAUUGCUCAUUCUGUGGUGCCCGUAUCAAGCGCAGUGUAAACUAUUACUGCACACUAGACGAGCAUGAUACACAAUAUUGUGUUUGUACGUUGUGCUAUAAGGAGUCUCGAGGUGGAAAUAUCUCAUUUCGUGGUAUUCACAUUUCAAAGGCAAAACUCAGUAAAAAGAAGAAUGAUGAAGAAACCGAAGAAUCUUGGGUUCAAUGUGAUAAAUGCAAUGGCUGGCAACAUCAGAUAUGUGCUCUCUUUAAUGAUAAAAGUGCUUUGGAAGGCAAAGCUGAAUGCAUAUGUCUCAAAUGCUUGUCAAAAGAGACAGAAUGUGGAGAGCUCAAGAACUUAUCAAAUAAUGCUGUUUUCAGUGUAAAAGAUCUACCAACUACCAUGCUUAGCGACCACAUAGAACAAAGACUCUUUAGGCGCCUCAAGCAAGAGAGAGAAGAGAGAGCAAAGGUCGAAGGAAAAGAAUUUUUUGAGGUUCCAGGAGUCGAAGAUCUUGUUGUCAGAGUGGUUUUAUCUGUUCAAAAAACACUAAAAGUGAAUCAAAAGUUUUUGGAUCUCUUUCAUGACGAGAAUUACCCUGCUGAAUUCCCAUACAUAUCAAAGGUUAUUCUUUUGUUUCAGAAGAUUGAAGGGGUAGAUGUAUGCCUUUUUGGAAUGUAUGUGCAAGAGUUCGGCUCAGAAUGUAGUCAUCCGAAUAAGCGUUGUGUUUAUAUAUCAUAUCUGGAUUCUAUUAAGUACUUCAGGCCAGAGACAAAAACUGUGAAUGGAGAAGCUCUUCGUACAUUUGUUUAUCAUGAGUUAUUGAUAGCUUACCUUGAGUUUUGCAAGAAAAGAGGUUUUAUUACCUCCUAUAUAUGGGCGUGCCCUCCUGUGAAGGGAGAAGAUUAUAUUUUAUACUGCCAUCCAGAAAUGCAGAAAACACCCAAGCCUGAUAAGCUGCGGCAAUGGUAUCAGUCAAUGAUAAAAAAAGCAGCAAAUGAAAAAAUUGUGGUCAGUUUCACUAAUUUAUAUGAUCGCUUUUUUAUCCCUACUGGGGAAUGCAACUCCAAGGUAACAGCAGCUCGUUUGCCGUAUUUUGAUGGUGACUAUUGGUCUGCCACUGCUGAGGAUGUGAUCAGGAACAUUGAAAAAGAAAGGAUGACAGACUCAAAGAAGAAAGCAAAGAAAACAAUAACAAAGAGAACUUUAAAAGCCAUGGGACAUACCAGUCCUUCUGAUGGCUCUACCAAAGAUAUUCUACUGAUGCAGAAACUGGGGCAGACCAUUUUACCAAAUAAGGAGGACUUCAUAAUUGUCGACAUGCAGUAUGUUUGCUCCCACUGCCAUGAAGCAAUCUUAUCUGGGGGACGCUGGUCUUGCAGUCAGUGCAAAAAUUUUCACCUCUGUGAAAGAUGCCAUGAAGCCGAGCGCAAAAUUUCUGGGAGGGACAUGCACAUAUCAGUCAACAUGGAACAACAUGUGCUUUCUCAGGUUAUGGUGGAGAAUGUGCUUUCUGAUACUAAGGACGAAGAUGUUAUUUCAAACAGUCGUUUACUUGAGAACAGGCAUACUUUCUUGAGCUUGUGUGAGAAAAAUCACUAUCAGUUUGACACACUUCGCCGGGCGAAGUAUUCCUCAAUAAUGAUUCUGCAUCAUCUCCGAAAUGGUACUGUGCUGACUGCUGGGAACACAUGCAGUAUUUGCCAUAAGGAUGCUGUGGUUGCUCAGAGCUGGGUAUGUGAGAUCUGCCCAGAGUUUGGUGUUUGUGCAGCAUGCUAUCAAGAGAAAGGAAGUUCUUGUCACAUUCAUAAGUUGACUCAAAGUUCUACCACAGUUAGCUGUAGGACAGAGAGUCGAGACUCGCCACAAAAACCAUUGAUGAAAAGGGAACUGCUGGAUGUUUUACAUCACGCACGUAAAUGUUGCUCAACCAAGAUUCAGCCUUGCUCUUACCCAAACUGCCUCAAAAUAAAAAAGCUACUCUGCCAUGCAACAAAGUGCACUAUUCGGACUACUGGAGGUUGUCAAUACUGUAAGAAGGCAUGGUACGUGAUAAAUCUGCAUUCGAGAAACUGUAGAGAAUCAAAUUGUGGCAUACGACGGUGCAUGUGAGUUACAUUCUCUGCACUUAGCCACCACCCCCUCCAUCUCUGCAAAGAGGAUAGAAAAAAGAGGUUCUACUGCUUCCUAGGGAUGAGAUCUGAAGAAGCAUGCAGAACUACGGUUGCAGAAUUAGUCGGAUAGUGAACAGCGAAGGUUGCUACCAAUUGAUAGUCUCAAGUGUACAGAUAGGACGGGAUUGUCAACACCAGCAGCCUGGUGUAUAGAAAGUUGAGAAGCAGAAUAAUUUCUGGUUUAGUUUAGCAGGGCUCAAAAAUUUUGUCAAAUAAAAACAAGUAAAUCUCAGUCUGUUACCAACCGCAUGUAUACAAACUUAGUACCUUCGAAAGGGUUGUGAUUUGUGGGCCUGAUUUUCCAAGUUGGUCAUGAGCUACACCCAGAAAAAGCUGGUAUGGAUCCAAAACAAGAUAGGCCUAGAAAAAGUUUGCUUUUAUUAUUUAUAGUCUAGUUUUGAUGCCUUGACCUCAUUCUUUAGCCCUUACAUACGGUCACCUUUCCUGAAGAUUGUAGUUUUCUUGGACAUCAGUACAUGAAUACAGAUUUAGAAUUAGGUAAAUCAGAAUUUCUAGUUUGAGGCAAUCCAAUUGAUGUAUAAACUCAUUCUUUAACAUUCUGAUAUGAUCUUCCAAUGAUUCAACCAUUACUG